AUGCGGUCAAACCUCCACCUCGUUGCAUUUGGGCUGCCUAUUCUGGCUCAGGGUAGCGCCCUGAAGGGAAGACAGCCCCGUCUAGAAAAAAGACAGUCACAGAGCGAGGUUGUUCUGACUUCACCGACAACGAUUGUUGACGUGGAGACAAUCCUCUCAACAACAUCGUCUCUUUCGGUCAGCGGCACUAGCACCUCAACUUCCCUUUCAACAUCGACGACGGUCUUUAGCAGGUUGAGCCUUUUCCCGCCAGUUUUUGUCGUGAUCUCGACAUCGCUCUCAGUCUCUGCAAGCACAUUCACGAGUGACGGCGUCGUAUCGGCCAGUUCUAGCACCUCAACAACGCUUUCGACCACAAGCAUUACCCUGUUCCCCACGGUAACGGUGGAAGUGCCUAUAUCUAGUGACCUAGUCACAGACUCUUCUACCAUAGAAGUCAGCCCAAUUGCCACUGGGAUUCUCACACCAUAUCCUUCAGUUACUGUCAUCGGAUCGUCAACUGGCUCUGAGCUGCCGACAGAAACUGAGGGACCAACCGUGAUUGAGUCGUACGCGGUGCCACCCGUCUCUACGGGGACCGAAGAGCCUACUGAGAUCACAACGUACCCCCAACCCGUCUCUACAGGGACCGAGGAGCCUACUGAGAUUAUAACGUACCCUCCAUCCGUGUCUACAGGUACUGAGGAGCCAACCCAGACCAAUCCGCAUCCUCCACCUCCUACGUAUCCCGUUCCACCGGUGUCAACUGAUACCAAGCCCCAUCCACCGCCCACGAACGGAUAUCCAUCUGAGUCCAAGCCUGUACCUCCGGCGCAUGAAGGAUAUCCGAUCGAACCAAAGCCGGAGCCAAAGCCUGAAGGAAAUCCAGCUGAGCCCAAGCCCGAGCCGCAGCCAACUGGAGCAUAUCCCGCUACUCACCCUGCUGAGCAUCCAACAGCAAAGACCACUUACACAUCCACCUACACCCGAAAGACGACAUAUACCAUCACGUCGUGCCAUCCUACCGUCACGAGCUGCGCUAUCAACAAGGAAACCACCGAGGUCCAGACUGUGGCUACAACUUGGUGCCCAGAGGAGACGGAAGAGCCCCACGCAAAGGAAACGUACCCCAUACCACACCCCACGAAGCCUGCCGAGACUUAUCCAGCCAAGCCUGUCAAGACCUAUGCUCAGGAGGAGCCUAUUCAACCUGUUCAGACCUACGCAAAGCCAGAGCCUCCAAAGCCCGUUGAGACGUAUGCUGCCGCACCAGUAGGAGCGGAGGCGCCUACUGUAGCCGCGGUUCCCCCUGCAUCCACGUUCCCAGCGGUUGCCCAAGCAAGCGAGCCCGCUGGAAAUAGUGCUCAAACCUCUCAAGGCACAUCCGGCGACAGCCCCGUCGAUACCAAAGCGACUGCGGCUGCCUAUCCUACUUACGCCACUGCCGGCGCAUCCCAGGCUCAGUUCUCCAUCGUGGUGCUCAUGAUUGGAGCCAUCACUGGAAUCUUCUGGCUGUAA